UUGAGCGCGCUCCGCUCAGUUUGUCCCUCGCCGCGCUCCGUCGUUAAGCCGUACGUGGCAGUCGGAGAGCAGCUGAGGCUGAUGCGGCUCUUCACCUGCAACAACUCCCCCAACACAAGCACCCAUCCCGGCGUCCACAGAGGACACAGCGACGGCACGGAGCCUCUUUCACGUCGUCACACUCGGCGUUAACGCAGAAACCCUUCCAGCAUGUUCACCCUGGCGGAGCUGGUCGUGCUGCUGGCCGCCCUGUGCGCCACCGCGUCCGGAUACUUCGUUAGCAUAGACGCCCAUGCCGAGGAGUGCUUCUACGAGCGGGUCAACUCCGGCACCAAGAUGGGCCUCAUGUUCGAGGUGGCCGAGGGCGGCUUCCUGGACAUCGACGUCGAGAUAACCGGGCCUGAUGGUAAGCAGAUUUACAAAGGCGACAGAGAGUCCAGUGGGAAAUACUCCGUGGCGGCGCACAUGGACGGAACCUACAAGUUCUGCUUCAGCAACAAGAUGUCGACCAUGACGCCCAAGAUCGUCAUGUUCACCAUCGAUAUCGGAGAGGCCCCUAAAGGCCAGGACAUGGAGACAGAAGGUGGUGACAGCUGGGAUGCCCAUCAAAAUAAGCUGGAGGAGAUGAUCAACGAGCUGGCUGUUGCCAUGACGGCUGUAAAGCACGAGCAGGAGUACAUGGAGGUUCGCGAGAGGAUACACAGAGCAAUCAACGACAACACGAACAGCAGAGUGGUGCUGUGGUCGUUCUUCGAAGCUCUGGUUCUCGUGGCAAUGACACUCGGACAGAUUUACUACCUGAAGAGAUUUUUCGAAGUACGGCGAGUGGUGUAACGCGCGAUUACAUUGAUCCCUCUGUGUCCUCCACUGUUUUUUCUCUCCAACACCAAGACAGUUAUUUACACUCUGGAAAAAAUGAGACUGGCGGUUUUGGGUAAAAAAAAAAAGAAAAAAAAAGCCUGCAUAUGUUUUUGUUUCUCCCUGUUUUUACCGAUCUGGUUCCCUCCUUUAAGAAAAAUGUUUGUUUGGAACGAACGGCCAAAAUAUCCUGACGUAGACGUCAUCAGUUCUUUUUUUUGUUGUUGUUCAUUGUUUCACUGGUUUUCUUUGUCCACUACUGUUUGAUAAUUACAAGUUCAGUACCGAUUACUAGCCUGUGUGAAUGACUGAGGCUCUUCAUUUCAAAGCAAAGACGGGCAGAUGAAACAGACUUAGAGAUGCACAUAAACGAACAGGCAUGUGUUGAGAAUGUAGCCCGUGUUUCCCUCUGAUUUAAAAGAAGCAUUAGAUGCAGGAAGUCUUGUGUCUGAGUCAAACUGAGGCAGAUAUGCGAUAUCUGCACGCACCGUGUUAACGCUCUCAAACAACAAAUUGCACUCCUGAUGGGAUAAAGGGUUUACACUGCAGCUGCUCUUUGAAGGGGAACUGCACCGCUUCUAGCUCGUGUCCGUUAAAUCAUAGCGAUCCACGCCACGGGAAGGGAAAUCUGUGUAACUCCCUUCAUCGUUCAGAAAACGGCCGGAGUUCACAAGAUGAUUUAAAUUCCCAAACGCUUUAAAUGAAACUUUCUCUUGGCGGUAUGAGCCCGAAGAGCUGAGGUUGGAUUUUAACUUAAAGUUUAGAGGAAUUCUGAAAUCCAUGUUACAUGUUGAUGGGAGGGGGAACCUAAUGACUGCUGUGUGCUUUAGUUGCUUCUACUAUAGUUCUUUCGUUGGGGUCUGGGAUUUUAAAUUAUGAUUGUAUACAAUUUUGAACUGUUUGUUUUUUCUUCCUGGAGCACAUCCCGUGACGUGCAGCCCGUGUGGACGACGCCUUUCAGACAUUCUAAGUAUUCUUUACCUUUUUCUAUCCCUAUACAAGGUAAAUAUAAAGUCAGCUUCCCAUCGAGCACGCAGCCACAGCUCCACACGGGUCCCACGUUUCUGAAUGUGCUCCAGUUUUGUAUUAAAAACAAUCUUUGGUGAGCUCAGGCGGUGAACUGCUCUGGACACUGGUCGUCUCCUUUUUUUUGUGAUUACAACAAGAAUCUGAUAUAUGGAUCUGUACAAAUGUAGAAUGGUUUGUCUGUGGAAAAAUGCCCCAGGUUUCAUAAUAAAGCCAAUAUUCUGUACAACUA